AACCAUGGCCAAAGCUGAAUAUUUCUUCUGGACUACUCCUGACAAUAUGACGUGGGAUGACUUCGAGAAAAAAUUUGGAAAUAUCAGCGGGACGCCACCCACUGGAGAUUAUUUCAGCCCUUGUAAGAGGGUUCCAAUAACCAACAGGCAGGCUCUAGUUGUCUUUUAUGCGCUGGUGUCCCUGUUGAGCUUGCUGGGAAACUUGCUGGUGAUGCUAGUCAUCUGGUACAGGCGAAGGAGCUGCUCUGUUACUGACGUCUACGUGCUGAACCUCGCCGUGGCCGACCUUCUCUUCUCGUUGACCCUGCCCUUCUGGGCUGUCUCCAAAUGGAAAGGCUGGAUUUUUGGCACUCCUCUGUGCAAGAUGGUCUCACUCGUGAAGGAAGUCAAUUUCUUCAGUGGCAUCCUGCUACUGGCCUGCAUCAGUGUGGACCGCUACCUGGCCAUCGUCCAUGCGACACGCACACUGACCCGAAGGCGCCACUUGGUUAAGUUCCUAUGCCUGGGCAUCUGGGGUCUGUCUUUGAUUCUGUCCCUGCCCUUUGCCAUUUUCCGCCAGGCAUACACACCCUACAGUUCUGCCACAAUCUGCUACGAGGUCCUGGGUGAGGCCACUACAAAUUUUCGGAUCAUGUUGCGUGGCCUGUCCCACACGUUCGGCUUCCUCCUGCCACUGCUGGUCAUGGUGUGCUGCUACGGGUUCACGCUGCGCAUGCUCUUUAAGGCCCGCACGGGGCGGAAGCAUCGGGCGAUGUGGGUCAUCUUCGUUGUUGUGCUUGUCUUCCUGCUCUGCUGGCUGCCCUACAACCUGGUCCUGCUCUCGGACACUCUCUUAGGAACCGGCUGGAUUGAGGACACCUGCAAGCGCCGCAACGACAUUGACCAGGCCCUGUAUGUCACCGAGAUCCUGGCCCUUUCUCACAGUUGCCUCAACCCCGUCAUCUAUGCCUUCGUUGGCCAAAAUUUUCGCCACGAGUUCCUCAAGAUCCUUGCUAACUGCGGCCUGGUUCGCAAGGAGUUCUUGACACAUCGUCAUGCUGCCUUUCACGCAUCUCACACUGUCUGUUAAACCUCUGAAAAUAACCAGAGAGUAAUAAUAUCUCUCUCUCAAAGGAGAGAAUAACCAUCGUGCUAAUGUGCUGUGCUGUGUGUGCGCGCGCACGCGUUCGUGCAUGCGUGUGUGCGUGUGCGUGUGCGUGUGCGUGUGUGUGUGUGUGUGUGUGUGUGUACAGUAUGGCUGUGGGCUGCCUUUAUACUUCCAUGAGAAAGAACGCCAGCAUUUCUCUUGAACACAUCCGUCUUUGACUUGUGAUCUGGGUGAUUAUCACGGUCACACCUGUAGCCUAACUCCAUUAGAACAAAGAAGGGCAGCUUGCAUCUGAGUUAGCCCUCAUGGGCCAGACUUUCUCCUCGGAACACCACCCUGACCGCGAGCGCAGCACAUUCCAGCAGGCUGUCUAGUAACUCUUUGUCCUGUGAUCUGAGCUCAUGAAACUGUUUUCCCAUCUUGGGGGGAUGUUGCAAUGCCUGCUGAGGACAUCGGUCAGGUGCUGCUGAAGCACCCAGCCACCAGGCGGCCUUGUGAUGGAGCGAAGAAUAUCUUCCCUGUGGAUGUCAUGGGUGGACAAAGGGUGUUUGGGAAACCAGGCCUAGUGCAUGAGAAUCCCCCUGACCUCCUGACCAGCGUCACGGAGGGGGAUGAGGGUGCUAGGUACCAGCUGAGCCAAGGGUGGGGCAAGACUGGCCGCUGUGACUUCUGCCCUCUUGGCACUUCGGGUUUGACAAGGACCAGCAGCAACUUUAUAAACCCAAAUACAGCUGCCAAUCAGCUGGGCG